CCGUCCGAUGAUACGCAACCCUAACUUACUAACCCUGGUUAAUUGCUUCGACCAUGACCCAGUAGAGCCUGAGCUUGAGAGCAUGAGCUUCUUCUUCAACCACAACACAGCUCCUCUUUCUCUCAUUUCCCACAUCGUUUAUUCUUUUUCUAUUUCAGGAAAAAUAUAGAUUCUGAGAGAUCUAUGCUAAACAUCUGUUUCGUUUCUCUUCUGUGUGUAAUCAUCACUUAUUGAUUUCAAGAUCGCAUAUUGUUGUUUUUUUAUCUCCUCAGAACUACUUUUGUUCACUCAUCAUCUUUCACUACUGCAGAUCUGAGCUCAAGUGAAAUACCAUGUCAAAACUAAUAAAGUGAUAUCAUUUCACUCCAGGGUUGUUAGCUAGAUUCAUAGCUUUUCAAUCCUGCUUAGAUCUGCUGAUCAUCUCUUUCAUUCAUGUAGUUUUCUCAGAUUCUUCUCAAAAGGGUCUUGGCUUUCUGGGUCAAGAUAGAUCUUUCAGCAACAGAGAGGGUGCCUCUCCCUUUCUCUUUAGUACUAAAGGUGGGAAAUUUCAUUUCUUUGUUUCGAUUUUUACUGGGGAAGUUUUGUCUGUGAUUGAAUGGUGAAGAAAGAAGGAUGAAUUAUUUCCCAGACGAGGUGAUAGAGCACAUCUUCGACUUCGUGACGAAGCAGCGGGACCGAAACGCGGUGUCGUUGGUGUGCAAAUCAUGGUAUAAGAUAGAGAGAUUUAGCAGGGAGAGAGUGGUCAUUGGGAAUUGCUAUGCGAUCAGCCCAGAGAGAGUGAUCGCACGAUUUCCGGGGCUCAAGUCCCUUACUUUGAAGGGAAAGCCUCACUUUGCCGACUUCAAUUUGGUCCCUCAUGACUGGGGAGGCUCCGUUGACCCUUGGAUUGAUGCCCUGGCGGAGAGCCGUGUUGGAUUGGAGGAGCUCAGGCUCAAGAGAAUGGUGGUCUCUGAUGAAAGCCUUGACUUGCUUUCCAGGUCCUUCCUCAAUUUUAAGUCCUUGGUUCUUGUUAGCUGCGAAGGCUUUACCACUGAUGGCCUCGCUGCUAUUGCUGCCCAUUGUAGGUUUCUUAGGGAGCUGGACCUGCAGGAAAAUGAUAUUGAUGAUCAUAGAGGCCAUUGGCUUAGUUGCUUUCCCGAUAGCUGUACCUCUCUUGUGUCCCUGAAUUUUGCAUGCCUGAAAGGAGAAAUUAAUUUAGCUGCUCUUGUGAGACUUGUGGCCAGAUCUCCGAACCUCAAAGUCCUGAGGGUAAACCGUGCUGUCCCUCUCGACACUCUCCAAAAGGUUCUGAUGCGAGCACCUCAACUUGUUGAUUUGGGCACUGGGUCUUAUGUCCUAGAGCCUGAUUCUGAAUCCUACAGAAAACUGAAGGCUACAAUUCUAAAAUGUAAAUCGAUCCAGAGUUUGUCAGGGUUUUUAGAGGGUGCUCCUCAUUCUCUCCCAGCGUUUUACCCUAUAUGCUUGACCCUGACAUCCUUGAACCUAAGCUAUGCUCCUGGAGUUCAUGGUACUGAUCUCAUAAAGUUAAUUCGCCAGUGUGGGAGGCUUAAGCGUUUAUGGACACUUGAUUGUAUUGGAGACAAAGGACUAGGAGUUGUUGCUUCAACUUGUAAAGAACUGCAGGAAUUGAGAGUUUUUCCCUCUGAUCCAUUUGGAGUUGGGCAUGCCGCUGUUACAGAAGAAGGCCUUGUUGCCAUAUCUGCUGGCUGCCCAAAGCUUCAUUCAUUGCUUUACUUCUGCCAGCAGAUGACCAAUGCUGCUCUCAUAACUGUUGCCAAGAAUUGCCCUAAUUUCAUACGGUUCAGGUUGGCACUCCUUGACCCCAUGAAACCCGACCCUGUUACCAUGCAGCCACUAGAUGAAGGUUUUGGGGCAAUUGUUCAGGCAUGCAAAAAGCUUAGGCGGUUGUCACUCUCUGGCCUUUUGACCGACCAAGUUUUCCUUUACAUUGGGAUGUAUGCCGAGCAGCUUGAAAUGCUUUCUAUUGCAUUUGCUGGGGAUAGCGACAAGGGUAUGCUUUAUGUGUUGAACGGAUGCAAGAAGCUAAGGAAGCUCGAGAUUAGGGACAGCCCCUUCGGUGACGGGGCACUUCUGAAGGACGUGGGGAAGUAUGAAACAAUGCGAUCCCUUUGGAUGUCGUCCUGUGAAGUUACUCUUGGAGGCUGCAAGACUCUUGCAAUGAACAUGCCGGGCCUUAAUGUGGAGAUCAUAAAUGAGAAUAAUCAGAUGGAAUAUGCUGAUAAUGAUGAGCAAAAGGUGGAGAAGAUGUAUGUCUACCGCACAUUAGCAGGGCCGAGGGAGGAUAAGCCAGAGUAUGUGUGGACUCUGUAGCUCAAUGUCUUUUUAUUUAUAUAGACUAUCAAUUUUUUCUUGUUAUAAAGCACUUUGGUACUGAUCAAUUGUGAGUUAGUGAUAAGUUGUUUGAAUUGGGAUAUUGUAAUCUUUGCUGUUAAGAAUAGACUCAGAUCAGCAUUCCAAUAGAUGGAUAUUUUUCAAUAUCAUUAUCUU